CACUCCUGACUGUACCGUCAUUCCACGUGUCCAAUUGGCGUCGUCUGGUGGUUUCAUGCCCGCAUUGGAUCACUUCCCCUCCACCACCUCCAUCCUCCACCUCCUUUCUCCUCCCUACCACGACAGUCGCUCUUUCGCUCGCCACCUCAAAACCCCAACGGCGACAAAACUCCUCUUUCAUCGUCAUUUGCUCCCUCUGCACGGAAAUGGCGGCGUCGCUUGACAUGGCCCUCGACGACAUCAUCAGGAACAACCGGCGGCAACAGGAGCCGCACGACCGCCCCGCAGUAGGGAGAGUAAGGCGCCCCGGCUCCUGCUCCGGCGCCGGAGGCCCCGCCCGCAGGUUCAACCGGGCCUCGCUCAGAGAUGCAAUGCCGUACGCUGCUCCGCCGCCAAUGCCGAUGAUGGCACCGAUCUGGGAGCAACAGAUGCCAGCAGUUGCAAUUGGAGGAGAGACGACUGAUGAUGGAAAUGGCAUAAAGCUCUACAUAUCAAACCUUGAUUACGGCGUCACCAAUGAUGAUCUCAUGCUACUUUUUUCUACUGUGGGGGAGCUGGAGAGGUACUCAAUCCAUUGUGAUAAGAGUGGAAGAUCGAAGGGUACUGCAGAAGUUGUUUUCACACGUGAGGCGGAUGCUAUAGCAGCUAUUAAGAGAUAUAACAAUGUUCUGCUUGAUGGAAAGCCGAUGAUGAUUGAGAUUGUCGGAAAAAAUCUCGUUACUCCUGCUCCUGUGCCUCUACUCCCAAACAGCAUUCUUGGAAGACCUCCUAGUAUCCCUGCAAGCGGACAAUGGAUUGGUGUUAAACGGUCACCUCGAAGAGGCAUGAGCCGUGGACUUCCUUGGGGCAGGGCCCAAGCAAGAGCUCCUCCGAGUAAGCCAUCUGCUAAGGAUCUCGAUGCCGAGUUGGAGAGAUACCAUUUGGAGGCUCUCAAAUUAAAGUGAGAGUGUUGUGUACCAAGUCUGAGCCAAACAAUGAUCCUCACCCUUGAAAAUGCAAGAGCCGCAUAGUUUUAGGAAAUAGUUCCUGCUGAUAUAACCUUACUGAGUUGGUGGUUCAUCGGACAUAACCAUCGCUGUUAGGAAUUACGGGGUAAUAUUAGGUUUCACAUAUCGAGGCUCUUCCUUGAGCUUCAAAUAGCUCUAGAACUCUGAACAACUUUUAAUAGCUUGAUGGAUUCUACUAGUUAUAUGUUCACUGGUUGAUUGCUCUUCAAAAGGAUCGGUUUCUCUUGUUGUCCUGAUUAUA